CCAGCUAAGAUUGAUCAAUCUGACUGAGCCUCCUCCAGACAGCAUGUCUCUGUAUCUUUGUCUCCCUCUGCUGGUUGUGCUCCUGCAGCCCGCUCUGUGUCUCUACAACUGCUCCUCUGAGUAUGAGAGGACACCGGACAACUCAGACAUGAUGGUUGACUGUGGCACCAGUAUGAUCACCCUGGAGAUCAACCUGUGCACGGCUCAGUGGUCGGGCUUCAACACCUCAGACUUGGCUCUCAAUGGGAACCACAACACUUCGGAGUGCCAGGGCUCCGUCGACACCAGCGUGGACCCUCCAAUCAUCCGCUACGAGCUCCCUGUUAACCACACUCAGACUAAUCCCUGCCGCCAGUCUCUGCAGAUUGUAGAUGAGACCCCGGACCCCUCAGGUCCCUUCGCCAGCUUCUCAACUAUCCAGUCAGCGAUCAUCACCGGGUUCAUUGACACACCCAGAGCGGACCAGGGUAUGAUCAGCUACGCCACAGACCUUUACUAUCACUUCUCCUGCCGCUACCCGCUGGAGUACCUGAUCAACAACACACAGAUUGUGGCAUCCUCAGUUUCUGUGGCUACCAGUGAUAAUAAUGGGACAUUCAUUGAUACACUGUCAAUGAAUGUGUUUAAUGACUCUAACUAUAACAAUCCCUUAGUCGUUCCUUCGACGGGACUUGAGCUCCGAACCCGGGUCCACGUGGAGGUCAAGGCUGUUAACCUCACAGGAAAUUUCCAUGUACUGUUGGAUCACUGCUUCGGCACUCCUACACCUUACAACAUGUCACAGAGUGAGCAGCACAACUUCUUCACUGGCUGUUCUGUGGACCAAAGGACCUCUGUGACAAGCAAUGGCCUUUUAACGUAUGCCCGGUUUAACUUCGAGGCCUUCCGCUUUGUUCAGCACCGAGACCAGGCAAAGUCCAGCAUCUACCUGCACUGCAUACUGAGACUGUGUGUGCCCAGCAAGUGUCAAGAGCUGCUGUCUGCCUGUAACAACAGAAGAAAAAGAUCUGUGACUCCUUUUGGAGAACAAAGCAGCGAGUCUGCCACUGUUUCAGUUGGACCUCUUAUCGUUGCCAGAGAAGACCAAACAUAUGCAGCUGCCUACAGUGGCGACGUGCCAUCAGAGCGUGAUGACGUGGACGUGACGGGGCUGGUGGUGGGGGUGGUGUUCGGCUCGGCUGCUGCUGUCGCGCUGGUUCUGGGCGGCUGGUUUGUCCUGAAGAAGUUUUAUUGCUUGGGAGGAUUACCGCAUGCUUUUCACUGACACUCAUCGGCAAAUUGUCAUCGCCUCGUCGCUUCAUAUAGUGACUGUAUGUUUAUUGGGAAGACAUAAAUCGGAUAAUGUUGGAAUUUGUCAGUAAUAAUCAGUUGUUUUCAGGCUGUAGUGGAGGAAGUUUUAAGAUCUUUUACUUAAGUAAAAGUACUAAUAUCACACUACAGGUGCAUCUCAAUACAUUAGAAUAUAAUGGAAAAGUCCAUUUCCAGUAGUUCAGGUUAAAUAACCCCAACCAUGUGUUGAAUGCAUAUAGAUGGACAU